AUGAAGCGCUGCUGGCGUGUUUUCUUACAACUGUGUAAGAUAUUGCUGACGCGAAUCCUUUUCUUUCACCGCGCGGGGUUGUUCACGCACGACUUGGCGGGUAUAGAGAACCGAAACCUUGACCAGCGCGAUAAGCAGUGGGGUAUGGUGCGUCUCCUAUCACCAUAUGCCGUUCUGCAGUCUAGCGGCAGCGAGGGACCGGCGACUGCGACUGCAUGGUAUAACGGGAGCAGUCCAUGGAACGCCGCAACGCCCCGAAACGCGUUCAUGGUAGCACCUGGUAACGCCUGGUUCAACGAGAGCUUUCCAUGGACUCUUCUAACGCCUCAACACAUUCUGCAUCGGAGAGUAAGCGAGGAUAUUCCUGAUUCCAUGAAGCGAUCUUCGAUGGAUAGGUCGUCGUCGAUGCGGCAGACGCAUGCCCGUGGGCAAGUGAUUGUUGUGCCGUUUGCAAAACAUCAAUUCGAGGCAGUUGAGCGGUGGAUUCACUGGAAUCUUCCACUAGCUUGCCCGGUAGAGACUGCAGAGCGCACUUCGAGUCAAACAGUGUUGGCGUUUUAUAUCAACACAAUCUGGGAUAGCGACCUCUACCUUCGUGUCGUCGACGCGCUCCGAAAAGCGACAGCUCCAACAUGGCCUUCCUGUUUGGAUCAUGGUGUGUACCUCAUCGAGGCGCGUCUGGACAGCACUGCUGAUCGUUACAGGCCUAGCUCAUGGCUUUCCGAACGUGACUCUGCAGGCACCGGCAGUAUGUUCUAUCCUUUGGUGUUUGCUCUGAGCCUGGCCGCCGCUGGCGGCAAGCCGGCUGAACGCUCCGCAGAGCCCUGGAUGAACACGGAACACAGGGCGCUGCGCUUCCAUCGAUUGUCCCUGGGGCGACAGUCAUCGCAGCGAAGCAUCUUUAGUGGUCCACAUGAGUCCACGAGUCUACCCCGAGUACGAUACUUGUUUUGGUGCGAACCAGACUGCAAUGCGGUGCAAGCGCAGUACAAUGAUGCGCUUCGUCGGAUCGUAGCGCUCGCGGAUGCUCGUCGUCUGUGGAUGCUGGGCUCUCCGCUGCGAAGCACCAACCUGGAUGCACGCAUCUCCUGGCGACUGCAGUACCACCAAGAUGCGCAUCGAACGCAGAUGAACGGAAAUGCGCUCUAUCGAGUAGGUGACUUGGAUUUCUGUCGAUGGCUGUGGCGAGUCUGGAAUCGUCACCGCUCUGCGGCGUUUGAUGUUGCGAUUGAUCGGCAGCUUUUUGCCAGCACAGAGGAGUUCUGGGAUCGAUCAUUUCGACUGCAGUAUUUUGCCCAGAUCGAGUUUAUUCACAAUCUCGGAAACGAACCGUAUCGCUGGCAUGAGUAUCGGUAUCGUCAUCCAUACUGCUUUUUCAUCCACGGGAAAAACAGGUUGCCGCCUGUGACCUCAUGA